AUGCCUCUGAGUAUUCUCGCCCAUCAGUGCGGUGCUGCUCAGAUCUGCUCCGAAGAGCCCGAAGAGCCCACUGCUUUCACCUUUGACCCCGAAGCGCGACAAAGAACAUGCUCCACAGGUGCCUUGUCACGGUGUUGUUGCUCAGUCUUGUCACUGUGGCUCUGUCAGCUCCACUUCCAGAUGAUCAUCCGUCAGACGACAAAACCCCCACGUCUGGCCCCACUCCCACAGACAGCUCAGACUCAGGAGAAAGAACAGAAGCUCCAUCUACAGAGACCACCAUCGACCCCACAGGUACUUGGUUCUGAUGGAUUAGAAGUUCCUGGAUCUGAAAGUCCUGUCUCCAACUCUGCAGUGCUGAUUGAAAAAGAUGAAUCUGAAUCUGAUCAGGAGUCCAGUCUGGACCAAGGACCAGACUCUGGAUUAGACUCUAAAGGACAAGACCACGCCAGUGAAGAGGAAAGACCAGAAGAACACCAAGAGACCUCUGAGAGUUCAAACCCUGCUACUGAAGACAGCCAGAGUCCAGAGGAGGGUCCAGAGGAGGAGGGUCCAGAGGAGGAGGGUCCAGAGGAGGAGAGUCUAGAGAAGGAGGACCCAGACGAGGAGAGUCUAGAAAAGGAGGGCCCAGAGGAUGAGGAUGCAAACUCAGAGGGUACAGAGGAGGGUGGCGCAGAGGAGGAGGAGGGUACAGAGGUGGAUAGUCUAGAGGAGGAGGACUCAGAUGAUGUCCAGGAACAUUUAGAGGGCUCAGAGACCAGUGACAGUGUAGAGGAGAAUGUAGAUAAUUCAAAAAGUGUAGAUGAUUCAGACCCCAAAAGCUCAGAGAGUUCAGACAAAGAUGAAGAUGGUGAUGCAGAGGAUGACGAUGUAGACGAUGAUGCAGAGGAUGGUGCAGAGGAUGAUGCAGAAGAUGAUGCAGAGGAUGGACCAGAUAAAGAGUUGGAGACUGAAUCCCAGAGCACUGAGACCCCAGACACAGAUGAAGAGCAGGACACCUCUAACUCUGAGCCUGAGGCUGACGCUGAUGUCGACGGUGACUCUGACAAAGAUGUGUCUGAUCCAGAUGUCGAUGCGGAGGACCAAUCUGAUGAAGAUGAUGACGAGAUGCCACUUGAGGAAGAGGCAGAUCAAUCCGAUAAUGAUUCUCAGGAGGACGAGGCCACGCCAACUGAAACUGAGGAGCGAACAGACGAAGAGCAGGAGUCUGAUGAUGUUACUGAGGAAGAGGAGGCUGUGACUAAUGAAACAACUGAAGAUAACUCAGAGACAACUGAUGAAGACCAAAAAGAUCAAGAUGUAGAUCUGGGUCCGGACCAGAGUGUGGAGUCCACAGAAGGUACUACAACUAAACCUGCACUAAACCAGGACUAA